AUGGCCAUGGCCACGCAAGCCUCCGCCGCCACGCGCCACCUGCUGGCCGCCGCCUGGGCGAAACCACGGCAGCUGAGCUCGCAGCUCGCGAUGCCGCCGCCGUCGUCCUCCCGCGGGCCGGCCCCGCUCCGCGCGUCUGCCGAGGAGGUGGUGACCGAGGAGGCGCCCAAGGGGUUCGUGCCCCCGCAGCUGGACCCCAACACGCCGUCGCCGAUCUUCGGCGGCAGCACGGGCGGGCUGCUCCGCAAGGCGCAGGUGGAGGAGUUCUACGUCAUCACGUGGACGUCCCCGAAGGAGCAGGUGUUCGAGAUGCCCACGGGCGGCGCCGCCAUCAUGCGGGAGGGGCCCAACCUCCUGAAGCUGGCGCGCAAGGAGCAGUGCCUGGCGCUCGGCACCAGGCUGCGCUCCAAGUACAAGAUCAACUACCAGUUCUACCGCGUCUUCCCCAACGGCGAGGUGCAGUACCUCCACCCCAAGGACGGCGUCUACCCGGAGAAGGUCAACGCCGGCAGGCAGGGCGUCGGGCAGAACUUCCGCAGCAUCGGCAAGAACGUCAACCCCAUCGACGUCAAGUUCACCGGCAAGAACACCUUCGACAUCUAA